AUGACAUCCCUUGUCCUUGUUACCGGCGUCACAGGUCUAAUCGGCUUCCGAGUGCUCCUCGAAACCCUCCGCAAAGGGUAUACGGUGCGCUUCGCAGCACGCUCAGAGGAGAAAGCCCAAAAGGUCCUAUCUCGCCCCGCCAUCCAAGGACUCAACGCAGGAGACCGGCUCAGCUAUGUCCUUAUCCCCGACAUCAGCGCUGAGAAUGCCUACGAUGAAGCCCUAAAGGGCGUGUCCUAUGUACUACACGUCGGUACUCCGGUCCCAGUCCCGGGGUACGACCCCCUCACGCAAAUUUACAAUCCCACCGUCCAGAGUAUCCCAAAUCUACUAGGCUCAGCCCUCAAAACACCAACUCUGAAACGACUGGUAAUCACCUCUUCCAUCGUCGCCAACCUUGCGCCAAAUCCUGACCCAGCCGUGACAUCCACCGGCGCGACGCGCAUCCCCAUCACCGCCCCGCCAGAGACGAUAUCAAGCCCCUUCGAGGCCUACGUCUUGGGCAAGAUAAUCUCGCUCAAUGCGACAGACGAAUUCAUCGCCAAAGAAAAGCCCCAUUUCAGCAUCGCGCAUAUCUUCCCGGGGUACGUCUUCGGCCGCAACGACCUCCUCGACGGCGAGGGAACUGAGCUUCUCUUCCAAAACAGCUCGAACGGGUACCUUCUCGGCAGCAUUCUGGGUACAGAAAUCGGCAUGCCGAUUCACGGGGGGUACGUGCAUAUCGACGACGUCGCCGACGUGCAUCUCCGUGUUCUCGAGCUGGAUCCCGCUGCUGAUUCUGCGUGUGGAACCCCGCAUUCGUUUGGUGCAUGCACGACCCUUGAGGCGUUCAAUACCUUUGAUAUUGUGGAGAAGGCGUUCCCCAAGGCAGUUGCUAAUGGGACGUUCUCGCGGGGCGCGCUGCCUAAACUGCCCAUCUCGUACGAUUCGAGCGAGACGGAGAGGGUGCUUGGGAUGAAAUUCCGGUCGUUUGAGAGUGCGGUUGCGGAUACUGCGGCGCAGUAUUUGGAGAGUCGGGGAUUGGAGGUGGCGUAG